AUGGCAACAAUCCUACGAAGGAUGUGGAAAAAUCAUUCGAAGCAUAAAAAAUUAUCUGAAGAAUGGGCGUUAGCUGAAUGCGAAGGCGAAGGCUGGUGGCGAGAGGCCCACAGCGCGCAUGGGCAGAUCGACGUGAGGUAUGCCGGCGCAGCACCGGUGGAGCGAGCCGCCUCCGCUCCUGCUACCGCUCUCGCUGUACGCUCCGCUCUUCACACCGCUAAGACUGGCAACUUAAAGCUACCUAAGGUGAACGUGGACAUUAGCUCCAAAGGCAUCAUCGUGUCCGACGCUGAUUCUCAAGAAAAUGUACUCAGUGUAUCCAUAUACAGGAUUUCCUAUUGCUCAGCGGACGCGGCGAAUGCUCGUGUUUUUGCGGUCGUCGAAGGGAAAAGCACAGGUUCAAACGAAACGCACGUGGUUCACGUUUUUGUAUGUGCGAGGCGGAGGCAGGCCAGGGCGUUGGCUCUUUCGCUAGCUCACGCCUUCAACGACGCUUAUCAGGCUUGGCAAGCUAGCGAAGCGAGUGCACUUCAGUCUGGUGGCAGACGGCGAAUAACUCCUUGGGCUAACUUCUCGAGUGAUUCAGACGAAGACACGGACGAGGAACCAUCUCCGAGUCCUCAGCCGCUUGUAAUUUUUUAA